AUGAAAAGCUUAAAUAAAUCUCAAUCUUCAGAUGUGUCCAGUGAGGAUGAUGAAGCUUAGUUAAGAGACUUCAAAAUACAGAUUAUUGAUGAAGAAUCUUCGAUUAUAGAUCAACCUUUUUCAAAUGAUGAAAGCACAAUUAAGAUUGAAAUAGACAGUUUGUAGAAUAACUAAGGCCAAUUAUUAGAAAAUGAAUAGCCGGAGCAGUCAUUUUAUUAGAAAUCCGUUCUUGAUGAAAUAACAGAGACAAUCAAAGGAGGAUAGAAAACCAAAAAGAGAAUAUGUUGGCAAAAACUAAGUCACAAACCUUUAAAAAUAUUUGAUAGAUAGGCUCUAUAAGAGAUUGAAAAUGAUUAGCUAACCAAAAAACAAGCAGAUAUUCAUCAAAAUGAAAUUUAACUUCCUAGAAGUGUUAGUAACAUAUUCCCUAAAAAAUCUAUUUCAUCAAGGAAUAAUGCUAACAGUGGAGUUUAAAGUUCUCACAGACAGCGCAGGUUUGAUAUGAAGACGUAGGAUUAGCAGUUUAUAAUCAAACCACUCAUUAAAAUAAAACAUUAGCAGUAAAAUAGUGGAGAGAAUCCAAAACUUCAAAAGCAAUAGAGUCAAUAUUUUUAGAAUAGAUAUUACUCAAAUAACUUCCUCUAGAAAGAAGCGGAUGAAGGCAUAUAAAAGCAAAUCGUAAGUCAAGAGAAGAAUGAUAAAUUCAAACUUUAAAGUUUAAUCCCUGACUUAUUGAAAUCAAUCAUCAAAGACAAAUAGAGGUAUAGUGACCUUAACAUGAAAAUUAGACACUCUCUUGAUAAAAGUAAAUGGAAAGUUAGUAAGAUAUUGCCAGAAAUGAAGUUACAGCAAAGUAAAUGCGACAAUAGAUCUUCUUUAUAAAAUUAUAAGUCAAUGAUAUUGAUGUAGAGUGCUGAUGCUAUUGUCGAUAAAAAAUAAACUGAUUAAAUGCAGUUGAAUAAUUUAAGUUGA